ACUCCUUUCUCUUCAUCUUCCUCUCCUCCUAAUUUUUCAUCCUUUCCUUUUCCAUCCUUCUCUUCUCCUUGUCUCCUCCUAGUUUCAUUUCAUUCUCCUCUCCUUGUUUCCUUGCCUUUUCUGGUUUCCUUUCCUCUCCUUUCCUAUCAUUAUCCUCUUCUCCUAGUUUUUCUCCUUUCCUAGUUUCCUGUCCUUCUCUUCUCCUUGUUUCCUCUCCUAGUUUCCUUCCGUUCUCAUCUCGUUGUUUCCUCUGCUGUCCUCUCUUGUCCUCAUUUCCUUACCUCAUUUUCUCUCCUUUCCUUACCCUUUGCUUUGAUUAUCCUCCCAUCCUAGUCCUUCCUCCUUUACUAGUUCCCUGCCCUCUUUCCCUUGUUUCCUCUCCUAGUUUCCUCUUUUCUCCUCAUUUCCUCUCUUCCCCAGUAUUUUCCUCUCCUUUCCUUCCAUCUUCCUCUCCUUCUAGCUUUUCUCCUUUCCUAGUGUUCUGUCCUUCUCCUUUCCUUGUUUCCUCUCCUAGUUUUGUCUCCUCCCUCCCAGUGUUCAGUUACAGACCCCUCUCUGGUAUUCACACACACACACACACACACACACACACACACACAGAUGCCUGAAGAGCACUCCCCUCCCCCCUCACUGAAUGUGUGUGUGAGUGUAUGAGAAUUAAGAGGAGGAGAGGAAGGUAGGAAAGGAAACAGCAAAUAUGGAUAGAGAGAGGAAGGAAGGAAGGAAGGAAGGAAGGAAGGAAAAAGGAAGCACUGGAACAAAGGAAGGAAGGAAAAAUAACAAAGGAAUGAAGGAUGCAUCAGAAGAUGUUAGGAGCUAAUGAAGGGAGGAAGCUCGCCUCUUCUCCCUGCUGACUCUUCAAGUGCACAUUUACAGUGUGCGCACACACACACAUUCACACACAAUGGAGUGCUGAGAUGGAGGAGUGGUGUGUGUGUGUGUGUGUGUGUGUGUGUGUGAGCUGCGAGCCCUGUGAUUGGCCGAGCCCGACUAGAUGCACCAACAGCCGAAAGAAGACGGGAACAGAGGAGGAGAGGGAGGCUGCAGAUAGAGCAGAGAAUACAAAGAGCAUGUGAGUGAGUGAGUGUGUGUGUGUGUCUGCGUGUGUGUGUUACCAGCCAGCCAAUGUGUGUACGCAUGCAUGUGUGUGUGUGACAUACAGAGGUGUGUGUGUGUGUGUGUUUAGAAGCGAGGAGGAAACCUGAUCUCUCUCCUUCUCUCUCUGUGGAAUAACGCUCUCCGUUAGCUCCCGUCGUUACUGCUGUGAGCUUGUAGCCUAGCCCGGCCCAGUAUUGGCCCAGUACUGGCCCAGUGUUGGCCCAGUUCGGACCUGCUGGGGGUGGUGGUGGUGGUGAUGGAGCGGUUCCUGGCACUGCUGCGCCUGCUGGGCAGGAGGAGGCGAGGGAGGAGGUACCGGGCGGAUGACGAUUACCAGGAAGGCUACGAAGACGUUUACUACUACACCAGCAAGUACAACACACACCUACUGAAUGAGGGGCCGUACACCAAACACUCUGCCGGGUCGAGACCUCCAGAUGGAGCGCUGGCCAUCAGGAGACAGAGUAUACCAGAAGAGUUUCGGGGCUGCUCGGUGGUGGAGCUGAUGAAGAAGGAGGGGACGACGCUCGGGCUGACGGUCUCAGGCGGCAUCGACAAAGAUGGGAAGCCCCGGGUUUCAAACCUGCGACAGGGAGGCAUCGCCGCCAGGAGCGACCAGCUGAACGUGGGCGACUACAUCCGAGCCGUUAACGGCAUCAACCUGGCCAAGUUCAGACACGAUGAGAUCAUCAGUCUGCUGAAGAACGUCGGGGAGCGGGUCGUCCUGGAGGUCGAGUAUGAACUGCCGCCUGUCUCAGUGCAGGGCUCAGGCGUCAUGUUUAAGAACGUAGAAGUCACGCUUCACAAAGAAGGAAACAGCUUCGGCUUCGUCAUCAGAGGUGGAACCCAUGAAGACAGGAACAAGUCACGCCCGAUCGUCAUAACAACCAUCAGGCCAGGCGGUCCAGCUGACAGGGAAGGAACCGUGAAGCCGGGUGACCGGUUGCUAAGUAUCGACGGGAUUCGUCUCCAUGGCAGCACACUAGCCGAGGCCAUGAGCAUCCUGAAGCAGUGCGGGCAGGAAGCCACGCUGCUGCUUGAGUACGACGUCUCGGUGAUGGACUCUGUCGCCACGGCGUCGGGGCCGCUGCUGGUAGAGGUUGCCAAGGCGACAGGCUCCAGUCUGGGCGUGGCUCUGUCCACCUCAAUGUUCUGCAGCAAGCAGGUCAUCAUCAUCGACAAGGUCAAACCAGCCAGCAUAGCAGACAGGUGUGGGGCUCUUCAUGCAGGAGAUCACAUUCUGUCUGUUGACGGGAAGUCGAUGGAGUUUUGUUCUCUGGCUGAAGCCACUCAGCUGCUCUCUGCCUCCUGUCAGACCGUCCGCAUGGAGAUCCUGCCACAACACCAGGCCCGACCGGCCCUGAACGCACCACAGCACGUCAAGGUGCAGCGUAGUCCCCGCCCCCUCCCCUGGGAGACUGGAGGCUCCGCCCCUAUCCUCCCCCCCUACCACUACAACACGUACCACCCCGACCAAUCAGCUGCCAGGUCGCACAACCGCCAUACAAACAACCCCCCUCUCAGCCACUCGUUCUCUCCCGGCUCCAUGUCGGCCUACAGUCUCUCGUCCCUCAACAUGAGCACUCUGCCCAGGAACAUGUAUCCCACGAGUCCACGGGGCACGCUGAUGAGGAGGAAGGCCAAGAAGAAGGACUUCAAGAGUUCCUUGUCGCUGGCGUCCAGCACCGUGGGUCUCGCUGGUCAGGUCGUUCACACGGAAACCACGGAGGUGACGUUGCUAGGCGAUGGCAUCAUGGGCUUCGGCCUGCAGCUGCAGGGCGGAGUCUUCGCCACGGAAACGCUCUCUUCACCGCCGCUCAUCGCUUACAUCGACCCCGACAGCCCAGCUGAGAGGUGUGGUAUCCUGCAGAUCGGCGACAGGAUUUUGUCCAUAAAUGGAGUUCCUACUGAAGACUCGACUCUGGAAGAAACCAAUCAGCUGCUCAGAGACUCGUCCAUCACGGCUCAGCUCACACUGGAGAUCGAGUUCGACGUGGCAGCUCCGUCCAACAGGAAACCAGGUGAUCCUCUGAUCAUCUCUGACAUCAAGAAAGGCAGCGUCGCACACAGGACGGGGACGUUGGAGCUCGGAGACAAGCUGCUCGCCAUCGAUAACAUCCGUGUGGAGAACUGCUCGAUGGAGGAAGCCGUUCAGAUCCUGCAGCAGUGUGAGGAGCUCGUCAAGCUGAAGAUACGAAAAGACGAAGACAACUCAGAUGAACAGGAAGUGUCCGGCAGCAUCAUCUACACGGUGGAGCUGCAGAGGUACGGAGGCCCGCUGGGAAUCACCAUCUCAGGCACAGAGGAGCCCUUCGACCCCAUCAUCAUCUCCUCACUGAGCAAAGGAGGGCUGGCUGAGAGGACCGGUGCGAUCCAUGUAGGCGAUCGUAUCCUGGCGAUCAACAGCAGCAGUCUGAAGGGGAAACCUCUGAGCGAAGCCAUCAGUCUGCUGCAACAGGCAGGAGAGACGGUCACACUGAAGAUCAAGAAGCAGGGAGAGCUGUCGAGCCCGAAGUCCUGUGUGAUUGGUCCAGGCCUGGGGGCGGGGCUUGUCCACGAGCACCAGGACGGGGUGGACGAGCCCGUUGUCAUGGUCGCGCCUCUGUCAAGCCAGCGAGCAUUCAGCACGCUGCCAUCUGUCGACAGCGCCGUGGAGUCCUGGGACGGAUCCAACAUGGACAGCAGCUUCACCACCCCGGCUCCACCAUUUCAGUCGUCUCCGUACACUUUCCAUGAGUGGCGCAACGCCAAGACAACCAACAGCCAAUCAUCUUCCUCCACCCGCCAGAGAGCCAAUCCGCUGUCAGAUCUGGGCCUGAGUGACGAUGACUGGGACCGCCCACCGCUUGGAGGGUUCACUGUGGGUCAUGAUGGGACAGAACCAGACCAGGAGGAGAACUUCUGGUCUCAGGCUCUGGAGGAUCUGGAGACCUGUGGGCAGAGUGGCAUCCUCAGAGAGCUGGAGGAGUCUGGACAGGAAACGCACCUCCUCACUCUGGCAACCAUCAUGUCAGGCUCCACUCUCAGUCUGAACCAUGACCCCACCCCCCUACGCAGCACACUGGGACGCCAGGCAAGCUUCCAGGAACGCAGUAACUCCAAACCACAGGUGACCCCUCGGUCCAACACCUUGCCCUCUGACCCGCAGCGUCGAGCCUUUGCCAUGAGAAAGAUGAGGCAGGAAGUCAAUGAGAUCCUAAAUCAGAACCCUGUGGAACUCCACAAGCUGACUCUCGAGAAGGCCUCAGAUCUGGAAGAUUUUGGUUUCAGUGUGUCUGAUGGUAUGUUGGACCGUGGCGUCUACGUUAACAACAUCCGACCGGGAGGCCCAGCAGAGCGGGGCGGCCUCCGAGCCUAUGACCGGAUACUACAGAUUAACCACGUGCGCACCAGGGACUUUGACUGCUGCCUCGUUGUUCCACUGAUCGCCGAGUCUCCAAACCACCUCGAGCUUGUUAUUAGCCGAAACCCCACCUCCUCCACCACCCUGCUGGCCAAUCACACUGACGGUACAACCAACAGCAGCCACUCCCCUCAGCAAAUCGGUAGUGAGCUGGGACCAUCGGAGCUCUCCACUGGCCAGGGAGAGGAUGGUGGUCCAAUCAAGUGGAGCCAACCAGGAGAAGGGCUGGGGGCGGGGCUUGGGAUGGGUCAGGUGAAUAAUAAUUCCUUAUAGCAGACAAAAAGUGGAUAAAACUGGAUUAAACCGGUUCUAAUCAAACUGGACUGGAGAGGUCAACAAGGAGAACAAUACAGCAAAGUUGAAUUAAACUGGUUUAGACCCGUCCAAACUGGUUCAGAGUGGACGCCCCAUGGUGCUACAAACACCCUUUGGAUGAACUUUGACCUUUGACCACUAAAGUUUGACCUUUGAACUGCUGAAGCAGCCUGAAAGCACACUGAUGGACCGGAGUAACUCUUCACCUUUUCACUUGAACCAGUUCUGCAUACUGGUCCUACUGGUGUCACUGGAACCAGAACUAUAACUACUGAUCCUACUGGAACCACAGCCAGAUCUACUGGUUUAUUGGGCUGGGAAUUAAUGGGUACUGGUUCAACUUGCCCAGAGCCAUGGCUACUGAUUCUAUUGAAGCUAGAGCCACAGUCAGUGGUUUUACUGGUUUAAGAUUAAUGGUUACUGGUUCUACAAGCCUAGAAUUGCUGAAGCCAGAGCCACUGGUCUUACUGGUAAAAGACAUGGGUUCUGGUAUAAGUGGUUAAAGAAUCAAGGCUACUGAUUCCCCUGAAACCAGAGCCAUAGCUAGUGGUCUUACUGGUCCAAGACACAUGGGCUCUGGUCUUAGUGGUAACAGAACCAUGGUCCUAAUGAAGCCACAGCUAAUGGUCUUACUGGUUUAAGACAUGUGGGUUCUUGUCUUAGUGGUGACAGAACCAUGGGUACUGGUCCAACUGAAGCUUGAGCCACAGCCACCAGUCCAACACAUGGUUCUUGUUCAUAGUUGUAAUGGUCAUAGAAUUGUGGGUACUAAGAAAGAAUCUUCACCAGUGAUUCUGCGAGUCCAGAACUGAGGCUCCAGGUCCAUCUGGUGUUACUAGAAUCACAACCAUGGCUUUUGGUUGUACUGGCCAAGGACCUCAGCAGCACAAAGACUGAUGGGACUCCAGAAUCUAGAACCUGCUGAUGGACAAACAGUCCAAUGCCUAGUAAACUAGGGAUGCUCCGAUCAGCCUGUAGAGGGUCGAUGUCUUUGUCCAAACCGAUACUGAUCACUGACUGGUUUCUGUUCUUAAACACUGAAUUAUGUCAAAGUCUUAACCUUGAUAUUCCUCAAGUUAUGGUUAGAAGUACCUUUAUUGGUACAGAGGGUUGGGUCAGGCAGAAGAUUAAAGAUGGCUAUGGUUACAUACAAGUCUUAAGACGGUAAAGCCUAAAUAUAAAGGUGAAAAUGGUUGUUCAAGCUUAAGAUUAGACGUGGAUGGUGUUUGGUGAGGAUUUGGUGUAGUUCAGGUGAGGAUAAGAAUUUAUAGAAUCCAUAAAAUCACAAAUAGAUGUAGCUGCUUGAGUUUCAUUCUGACAUGUGAGGUACUCCUCAGAUGUACAAAAAAAUGAAAUCCUCCAUAAAAGAACUCCAAAAAUCCCAAUUAGCUUGUAGCAUGCUAUCAGACUAGCACCAUUGUCCAUUUUUGAGUCAACAUGGCAAAAAGUCUUUAAAUUGCUUAGAAAAAGUGAGAACUUGGAAUUUAUUCCAUGACAACUGGGCAAACUAAGUUUAAUCACAAAAAGAAACAGCUACUAAAUGGACGUUGUAAAAUUGUUUUCGAAACAUAAUUUUAGGCUGGAUUCCUGUUGAAAAAACAUGUUCAUAUAUGUCAAACUAAAGGUUGUUUUUUAUGGCGCUAGUAUCCACCUUAUUCCUAGCCCCAGUAAUACCAAUGCGUGAAUCAUGGGCACAACUUCUUGAGCUGAGUGGAACUGGCUUUUUCCAGUGGUAACGAUAAGCUAACGGUACGCUAAUCCUCUUUCCUGUCAGACAUGAUAAGGUGAUCAUACCUCUGUUAUCUCAAAGCAUUCAUUGUUUUCUUUUUUAACCAAACACGUUAGCGAUUGGCUUGCCUUGCUUCGUUAACAUGUUUCAUAUAACAGAACCCGAGCUAGCAUACAGUAACAUCUACUUCAAUAACAGAUGCGGUGAACAUUUAACAUAAUUCAAUAUUAACUUUAGCUCCACGUAAAGUGAAUAAACAUGAUGUUUAACAGCCAACGCUCCACUCCUCUGCCUUAACGACAUAGUUGACACAUUUUUAUAGCUGCUGAUUUAUUAAAUCAGAGUUCUACUGAGAGAAAUAUAACAUCGAAUUUAGCAGCUGACUGUCGUUCUAGGUGUCAUUCUCUCCCGCGAAUUCUAAUUUAAUACUUCUCCGCUCUCGAAACUCUUUUGGUUUUAUUCUUGUGUCAUUCCAAUCGUGUGCUAUGUGUUAGAGAAGGGUGUGCAUGAAUAUACGGGACAAAUCACGUGCCAUAUUGAUUCAUUAAAAGGACCGUGCCUUUUAUUUUUUUGAUGCAGUGUAACUGGUAUUUUACGGGACUGGUGGCAAACUAUUCCUCUCUGUAGGCUGGCGAUGGAAACUGUGACGGCCGUUAACACACUGCUGUUGAAACCACAAAUUUAGCUCAGUCUGGGUACAAAGACAUUUUAGCAUAAUGUUUGACGUUAGCAGCAUUUGCUAAACUGAAGGUGAACAUGAUUGGCACUGAGGCUAACCAUAGAGUCAAUGUGACGAACUACCUUACUCACAGGAAGUUGCACCCAUUAUCAUUUCUACAGUAGCGCCCUCAAGAAUGAGGUGGAUAGACACAUUUGAAAGGAUACCCAGCCCUAACGUUGGAGAACAGGCAGCCAUGUUGGAUUCAGUAACUUUAAAGUCUCAGUUUUAAGACGUAGAUCAAGUCAAUGAUUAUCAGCUGAUAUUGAUCGGAGCAUCCCUAAUGACCUGUACAGACAGACAGAGGGUUUACUGUUAAGAUUUUAGUUCUGUGCCAUGAACGAGCUGCAUAUUGGAAGAGUGAUAAUAAUCGUAUUGACAAUGAUGAUGAUGAUGACACUGAGCAGUUCAAUAAGAAUCUUUUUCUACUGUUUACACCUGUUGGACUGGCCACACUGUGUGUAUGUAUGUGUGUGUGUCUGUGUGUGUGUUUGUAUGUUAUGUGUGCGUGUUAAACACAAGGCCAGUUAAGCCCCUGCCCCUUCCCUUCCUCUCCCCCAUUAUUCCCUCGACCAAUAGGCAGCCAGGACGACGACAGACGGCAGCUCUGAGAGAUUCAGCUGAUUGGCUGGAACCAAUCAGAAAACAAAAUCUUCCCUGCCUGUCUGUGAUUGGUUCUCCUUGACACACAAGUCGACCAAUCAGCUACCAGGAAGAAGCCAAGCAUGCCCCCACCCAACUUCCCUGCCCCCCCCCCCCCCCCCCCCCUCCCGUUCCCCCAGUAACAGUGAUCUAUUAUGCUAAUCGAUCGGUGUGUUUUUUGAUUGACUGUUGUCAGUUUUCUCUGUUUGUUUGUUUGUUUGUUACCAUGGCGACUGAACCUGAAAAGAUGUAAAAUAGGUUAAAAAACGGUUCAGUCCCGUCGCUGUUCACAUCGAGACCAUCGAACCCUGAAAACCUUCACCUCAUAACCACGAAAACAAUGUUACACGAGAAAAAAAUCCUGAUGAAACAGGAAACCUGUGACAGUAAAUACCUGUGUGUGUGUGUGUGUGUGUGUGUGUGUGUGUGUGUGUGUGUGUGUGCGUGUGUGUGUGUGUGUGUGUGCGCGAGUGUGUGAGCGUGUGUGUAUGUUUAUUUUGGAGUGAUGUCAACAUCUUCCUGCUCUCACCUCACUCUGAACUCACUAUUUAAACUGGCCAAUGAGAACCCUCCCUCAGCGCCAACCACCAGUAGAAACCCUCCCUGAGCUCUAACGACCAAUCGCCCUCUGCUAAACGCCCUGUGCUUUGUAUUGGAGCACUGUGAUUGGCUGUGACUGUGCAGCAGCUGUGAGCGUCUGGUUGUGGAUAGUUGUGAAUCUGAAGCAGUGCUAUCAUAUAGUUAGCAUGUGGCUAGCAGAUGCUGAACACAGGGCUAGCAUAAGCCUAACGUGGCCACACACACACACAGCACAAGGCUAAUACUAGCUGUGGUUACCACCGAGCAAACUUAUGUUCAUCAUUUGGUAAAUAUGUGGUUAGCAUACACCAAACAUCUAGCCAACAUACCUAUCUGUUAGCACACUGCUAACCCAGGGCAAAACCGGCCUAACAAAGACAGUGUACGGAUAGCACACAUUGAGCACAAGGCUAACACAGGGCUAACAUCAGGUAAACACAACUAGUAUUUAGUUAAAACACAGCUAACACGGAGCUAGCAUCUGGUAGACAUUGCUAAUAGUUGUUUAGCAUACAGCCACAGCAGGGCUAACACCUGGCUAACAUUGCUAGGUGUUAAAAUAGGGCUAACACUUGGUUAGUACACAAUAGAACAAGACUAACACAUGGUAAACAUAGCUAAUAUAAGGUUAGCACACAGCUAACACAGGGCUAUUAGCCUAUAUGGAUAGCACAGACUUGAAACACAGCCAAGAUAAGGUAAACAGCUAAUAUCUUGUUAGCACACUGCUAAAACAGGGCUAACACUUACAUAACUCAGCUAGGUGUUUGCACAAGCUAACAGGGCUGGUGUGUGGUACAGACGUACAACAAGGCUAACAGGACUUAAACCUGGUAAACAGAGCUAAUAUUUACUGUAGCUCACAGAUAACAUGGGGCUACAGCAGGUAUUCAGUUAGCGCAUGGCUAACCCAGGGUUAACGCCAGGCAAACAAAGCCAGUGUAUGGUUGCACACACCUAACACAAGGCUAAUAUAGGGCUAACAUGUGGUAAACACAGCUAGCAUUUAGUUAGCACACAACUAGCAUGUUAGUUAUCUAGCAUAUAGGUAAAGUAGGGCUAGCACCUGACUAAAACAACAGGUAUGUGGUAAUUGCACAUUAGAGCAAAGCGUAGACACAAUAAACAAAGUUAAUAUCUUGUUAGCACACUGCUAACACAGGGCUAACAACUAGAUAACACAGCUAGCACAGACCAAGGAAGAGGCUAACACAGAACUCACAAUUGGUUAAGGGAGCUAAUAUCCGGUUUAGCUCACAGCUAACUCUGGGAUACCACUAUUGAUAAGUUGCCACAUGGCUAGCAGAGAGCUAACACCUAGAUAACUUAGCUAGGUGUUAGCGCAGACAUAGCAACAGGCUAACACAGGACUAACACCUGAUUAAAAGACAUAAUAUUCACUUUAGCUCACAGCUAACACAGGGCUAUCACUGUUAGUCUCUUAGCAUAUGGCUAGCACUGGGCUAACACAACCAGUAUUCGGUUAGCAUAUGAUUAGCAUUCGCUAUUUCAUGGAUAACUUUGAACUUUGUGGUCGGUAACUGGGAGUGGUAGCUUUGUUAGCGUUGUUAGCAUUUCAGCGUUCAGCUGAGAAAACUGUUCCACCAAUGGGAAAAGGCCACAGAGCUGAGGGGGCGUGGCUUCAGGAGGGUUUGAUGAGCGAAAUCUAAAGCCAUACACACUGUGUUUGUGCGCAAGUAAGACUGCUGUGUGUGUAUGUGUGUGUGUGUGUGAGUGUGUGUGUGUGUGUGUGUGUGUGUGUGUGUGUGUGUGUAUAGCAUUGCAGGGAUUUGCACUCUAGUGAUUCACCUCAGCAAGACAUCCGCCCACACACAUGCACGCACGCACACACACACACACACACACACUCACACACACACUCACGCAUCGCACUGCCAUUUGAAAUAGUGGGUCAGAUUAGUUUCCAUGUAGCUUCACCAACCAACCAAACUGUAUUUUUCUUUAAAGGAACAGGGAUGUUGUAAAGUAUUUUUGUACAAAUUUAAUACUUUGGUAGCAUGACGUUCCUGGUGUUUGUCCUGUCGGGCUCCACUGCUCUCCUCCACCCCCCCUUUGUAUGGACGACUACUGAGCAACAAUAAAGAUGAAGACCUGCUGGGAGGGCUGGACUCCAUGUUUGUUUUUAACAUAAACAAGGUUCAUGAAUUCAUCUGUCAUUUUACAGCAAAGUGUACAGCGAGCUCUUCGAACAUUUAAUCAGUGGUGGUGAUAAGAAUUACAGAUAUCAAGGAUCGCUUUUUGACUCCUUAGAAUUCCAAGCAUCCGUAUUGUAAUAUUGACCAGUAGCAAUUAUUAUUAAAGAUACCUACAAUUUA